AUGAGCGAAAUCUCUAAAAAUGACCAGCCGACAAGAGUGGGUUCCUGGUGCAAGAAGUAUUUGUUGGAAGACGAGAAACACGCAGAGAAGAUCAUGAACUUUCCUGUCAACCCAACAUUCGCUGAUUACAUUCUUAUCAAGUAUCGCAAGUUUGUGGCAGUGCUGAUCCCGUUUUGUCUCAUUCAUUCUAUCUGGUGGGCGACUGCAUUCAAGCAUGACUUCUUCCAAUACUAUCCAGAAUAUUGGCACAUGCCAGUCACAAUGGUGGUUGGAGCCCUUAUCUCCGGGAUGACUGCCGAAGGAGCCGGUGCUGUCGCUUUUCCGGUUAUGACCUUAGUUCUUCAUCUGGCUCCAUCGAUCGCCAGAGAUUUUGCGUUAAUGAUCCAGUCGAUAGGAAUGAUGGCUGCCCUUGUCUGUGUGGUUUUCAUGAAGGUCAAAUUCGAUGAGCGUGCAGUGAUAUAUGGAAUAGCCGGAGCCAUACCAGGUUUCAUUUUUGGAGUGCAUUGUAUUGACCCACUAUUCACUGGAGCUCAGAAGAAAAUGCUUUUCGUUUCCAUCUGGACCUCAUUCGCGUUUGCUCUAGGGAUUCUGAACGCACAAAAGAAGCGACCAACGUUUGUGAAGAUUCCAGAGUUUUGUGUCUGGAAAGGAUUACUGUUGUUUUUAACUGGAGUUGUUGGAGGAGUUUUUGAUGCGUUUGCUGGGAGUGGAAUCGAUAUUUGCAUGUUUUCCACGUUGACUCUCCUGUUUCGAGUUAGUGAGAAAACUGCAACACCGACGACAAUGAUACUGAAAGGCGUGGUCUCAAUGUUUGGCUUCUACUACCGAGCUGUUCAAAUGGGUGAUAUCUCGGAAAUCGCCUGGAAAUAUUUCACAUGCACCAUACCGGUAGUUGCAACAAUGGCUCCUGUCGGCUCUUUCCUCGGAUCUCAUCUCCAUCGUCAAGUUAUUGCCGCUUUGAUUUAUAUUUUGGAAGCUGCCUCUCUAGUUGGAUUCUUGCUCACUAAACCAACAUGGUUCCUAAUAAUCAUGUCAGUGAUCAUCAUCGCUUGCGGUUUUGUAUUCUUCCAAGUUAUGGCCAAAUUGGGAGAGAUUCUGAUGAAGUACGUGGACUUGAAUCGAGCAGACGAAAUCUCAAAUGGAGAGGAUAGUGAAGAUAAAGUUGUGCUUCAUAUGGAGGCUCAAGAUGUAAAGUUUACAUGA